AGUUGCUUUUUUGCUUCAAAAUGUCGACGACCUUCUGCGUUCUGUGUUUAAUGCUGCUCUGUGGUGUUAGGUUAGAGCCAACCUCGAAGACAUCAGUUGCUGAUCCAAUUCAUAUUGAAGCAGGAAAUAAAAACACAGAAAUCAAGGAGGCAACAGAAUUCUUUCAAAAUUUACAAAGGGCACUUUCAGUUUUGAAAACUGAUAUUAACAAAAAUACACAUACAGGAGAAGCGCUUGAUUCUGAUUCGCGAGGUCCGAGUAAAAUAAUGGUGGAAUGCAGAGAAAAUCAACAAAAAUUGAUUCAUAAUAACUCGAAGACUAUCGAAUGCGCCAAAAAAUUUAAGCCAUAUAUUUUUCCAAUACUUGUAGCAGGUAUGUUUAUUACUGGUUGGAUUGUAGCAAGUAGGAGAGGUAAGACGUACUCUAAACCCGAGCCGUUGGUAUCCGAUAUGGUAUACACUGUUUACAACAACGUAUAUAAAGACAAAAACAUAGCCCAAUGUGAUCCCGAUGGGUAUAAAUCAUUUAAAAAAUAUAAAAAGAUUAACACGAGCAAAAACAUCGUCUGUUAAGCUUAAAGACAUUAGAGGAAAAAUGAAAAAAUCACUUGAAAUGUAUAAAUGUAUAAUCAAAUGUAUACUUAAAAGCAAUUAUAAUAAAAAUGAAGUUAAAAUAACUAA